CACCGCGAUACAGGCAAAGGAAAAGGACGUGAAGAAGAAGACAGACACUACGGAAGACAUCACAGGCGACGGUCGCGUUCGCGAAGCCCACGGCGGCAACGGGGACAUGCCCGUUCGCAUUCACGGCAUAGGCGACAUACCCGCUCUUUGUCGGGCUCACGAUCACGCUCGAGAUCCCGCUCACCGAGGGAGAAACACAGGCACCGCUCGAAGGAGAGACGGAAACGGUCGCGCUCGCGGUCGAGCUCGAGCUCAAGCAGCAGUUCCUCGAGCGACUCGGAUGACAGUCGGCGCAGGCGGAGGAAAGAGAGAAAGCGCAAGCACAAAGAGAAAAAGGAGCGAAAGAAGGAGAAGAAGAAAGGCCGGAGCCGUGGGCCACCAGUGGGGCAAGUACGGCAUCAUCUCCGAGACCGAUCUCUACAAUAAGGAGCAGGAAUUUCGCGCAUGGCUCGUCGAGGAACGCAAGAUCAACCCCGAGACGAUAUCCAAGGAGCAGACCAAGAAGGAAUUUGCGCGUUUCGUGGAGGAUUAUAACACUGCGACGCUCCCGCACGAAAAGUUCUACCACAUGGAGGCCUACGAGCGGCGCAUGACCGCCCUACGCUCGGGCGAGUACGUUCCCCCAGCGGACGACUCAUACGAUCCGAACGCGGACCUGCGCGCGCUGCAGAGUGCACACAAGCGCAAGGCCAUCGAGCGCGAUACAUACAUGAGCAAGGAGCAGCUCGAGGAGCUGCGCCAGGUGCAGGCGGAGCGAAUCCAGGCUGGCAAAAUGAAGCUGCUCGGGAUGGACGUCAAGCAGAACAUGGGCGUCCGUAUGGAUGGGACCAUGUUCGACGGCUGACGAUACCCGCACCAUUUCUGCCAAUUCUCGUCGUAACGCACCAUCGCAUCUGCAUUUGUACUUGUAUCGUCCCGUCUGCUAUGCCCAAAAACUUUUGCCGUGCGCGCACUCAG